UGGACAGGUGCUUGUCAACUACCAUAACAGCCGACAAAAACUACUGCUACUAGUUUUUUGUAUGGAUAAAAGUUAUGAGCACUUACUGUCAAUGAAUUGCAUUACAUGUGGAAAAAAUAAUGAAAAAAUAAAUAAAUUUGCAGUGAAGCAUUACACCUGAGGCUGAGCUGACAGUGACAGUGUGUAUAACUUUCAUUCUGUUAUUAUUCUAUAACCUUAGAACUAAGAAUGUCAGAUAUUGUGAUGCCAAGUGAUGAGAUGAUGAGACACACUUCAAUGUCAAUGUCUAGUGUAUCAUGGUUUGAGUUUCUGUUGGAUGAGCAUAAACUGGAUAAUCAUUUGCAACAACAAAACCCAGAUCCCUCACCUUGUCAGUUGAUUAUCCAGUUUUUACAGCAAGCAGAGGCUCAUUUAGCAGCCAGCACUGCCCUGGUCAGGGAAAUACCAACUACACCUAAUGGUCAGAAUGAUUCCAGGUCUGAAGAUGGAAAUAUGCAUGACAAAUUAGUUGUAAAAGAAAGCAAAAAAGUAAUAGCACUGAAAUUACUGGCAUUGAAAGUAGCAGCCCACUUAAACUGGAAUCUCAAUAUUCUUCUCAAAAAUAUACCAGUAGCAUUACUACAGAUCCUUCUGAAUGAGCUGAUGAGGUUAACAGUUGAUGGUGACAUUGAAGAGAUUAAGUCCACAGUAUCAGAUUAUAACAGUAUCAGUGAAGAAACUCUCUUCUCAUUACAACUCUUUCAUAGAUGGGCAUUACUAGCAGUGGUAAGAGACAGCUUUCCUAGGAGACCAAUCAAAUCAUUUGUUCAAGUUCAAGGCCAGGUAGACCCUGCUAUAGCAUACCAUGCUUUGAAUGAAAUCAUAAUGAGAAAUCUCAGAGAGUCUACUGCAGUCUCAAUAGAGAAUUUAGAGAAGUGUAUACAAUGUGGGCGUGUCCUAAAAUUGCCUGUCUCCAAAUGUUUUCCCGUACUAAGUGAUAACACUGAGGAUUUUAGUUUGAUAUGGGAUAACUGUGCAACAGUAACUCCACAAGAAUAUCACUGUCAGUUAUACUAUGAUUUAGGAACAUUUUUCUUCUACCAGGAGGCUUAUACACAAGCAUACACAAUGUUUAAACACACUUCAGAUCUUAUAAUACAGGUAGAUGAUCCAGUGUUUAUCAAUGUUGAUAAUGCCAGGUUAAAGGGAUAUCAUCAUGGUUGCCAGAGUUUACAAGGUGUUACUCAACAAGAACCUCCUGAAAAAGUUACAUUGUAUGAAAAGUCAGAGGCUUGUCGGAGAAAUGGUUUCAAGGGUAUAGUUGAUGUAUUAAUAGAAGACAACUUACGACAGGAACUAACUAUGAUAUACAGAAGUGAAUUAGAAGAUGAAAUAGGAACAAAAGGAGAUGGUUUAAGUGAGGUAUAUGUACAAGUCAGUAUAUGUAAUGUAGUGAGAGGUGUGAUGGAGGGCAAAGCUUUAGUUUCCCUGUUAGCAGAUGUUAUAGAAGAUGCUGAUCCACAAACUAUAGAAUUCCUCAUCUUAGUUUUAGGGAGAGCAUUACAUGGUGCCUCUUUUAGCCAGAAAUCAAAUCUGAAAUGUUUUGUGUGGCAUUUAAUGGACCUUUCUGCUGCAGCAUCACAUUUUAAUCAUGCCAUAAUGAAUGGAGAUUUUAAGAAACAUUUUAAUGAACAGGAGAUAAUGGAAAUGAGUGUUUAUAUCAGGGAACCAGAAUUAAGUUAUGCGGACUCUUUUGAUGAUGCUACCCUUACAUGUAGUAGUUUUCCUUCCAGUAGAGAUUCCUCUGUAUCAUUAAGUAACCCUGAACAACAGUUGAUGUACUCAUACGACCCUGACAUAAUACGCCAUGUUGUAUCUGAUCUGUGUACCAAACUUGGCAGGUCACCAGCCUAUGUCAUGUCACUGAAUGAAAAGUGGAAGGUUCCAAGAGAAAUGCACCAAGUCAUAUAUAAUUUGACAUCUAGUCCUGAUCAAGCCUAUAUUUACCUCCUUGUGGGAAAAGCUUGCCACUUGAUGGACGUUAGGAUAUAUGAAAGAGCUAGACAGUUGCUGAUGGUGGCUGACCGUGUUGUAGCAGAGUUAUCCUACACAUUAUCUAAACACAUACGAUGGUAUACACUGCUAGCUGAUCUACAACAAUACAAUAUGAAUGAGUCACUUGGAGAAAAUUCAACAUUACAAGAUCUUAUCAAGAAAACUAAAACUUGUAUAACUUCUGUUAGAUUAGGACAAGAUAUCCAACCUAGUCAUAAUAUAAUACAACACUGUGCUGCCUUCCUGAUGAACAUUAGAGAUAUAGGAUACCUCAGUAAUAUGGACCAAAGUGGAAGUGGACAUAUAGAGUUUUGUAGACAAGUAGCCUGUAUGUUGAAAGAAUUACCAUCUGUUAAAUCUGUUAGGAAACUGUCCAGAGAAAUAUGGGACACAGUGAGGAAUAUUUACACAAUAGGAAGUCAGAGGAUAAGUAGUAGUGGUCGUCACAGUGCAAUACACAGAGAUCCAACCAUAGCUAUAAUGGCUGUUGAAGCUUUUCAAACAUUCCUCACAAAGUUCAAGGAUCCUUCCUGUAUUUCUGUAUUAAUUUCCUGCUUCACCAAGUAUUAUAAUCUUCUCAGGGAUGACAUUUCAUGUGAAAUCUACAGUGAAUAUGUACAGUUUUGGCCCACUGUUGUCAACAAUCCCAAUACAUUAAAUGUCCGAGCCAUAGAAGAGAGUCUUUCCAUUUUGAUGCAGCAUGCACUAGUUACCAACCCUUCACAGCCAUCCUGGCUUAGGACACAGGCAGAUAUACACUUUGCAAAUAAUCAAUAUUCCCCGGCCAUGAAGUUUUAUAUGGAGUCUGGAGUUGUAGCAUCAGAUUUCUUUUCAAUAGCUGUACCUAAAAGUUUAUAUGAUGAUCAGGUAUACAAAAGAAUGAUCAAGUGUUGUUUGUAUCUACAGUGCCAUACACAGGUAGCAGUAUUAUGUCAGUUUACAGAUGAAGUGGAUUAUACUACAGCCUUUAAGGCUUUACAGGAAAGGAACUCAUACGAUGCCAUGGACUCAUAUUAUUCCUGUAUUUGGGAUAUCAGUAUAUUAGAGUUUCUAGUCCAUUUACAUACAAGAAGAGGAGAAAUGGACAAAAGGCAGACAGCUAUGAAAGCAUUGAGCCAGUUAGACCUGAACAGCAAUAAUCCUGAUGACAUAAUACAGAGAGCAUUACAGAUUAGAAAAAGGAAAUUCUUAAGGGCACUUGCAAAACAGUACCUGUGAUUCCAUUCAUACAAUUAAUCUAUAAUAUUAGUGAUUGUUAAAAAAGGAAAAGUGCUAAUUUAAAAGUUUUAAAACUGAUUAAGUUUGGUUAUUUUAACUAACAAAAUAUGUCAAUAUUUUUACUGUGCCCAUCGAUGAGGCUUAGGCUUUGUCACAAUUCAGUGAGCUAAUGCACUUAUUUUAGUUGGUUUAAAUUCAUGUCUUCAAACUGGCUAAAGAAAAUCCUCUUGGAUAAAAGCUGUCGGAAGAUCAAGUAGAAGAAUAAAGAUCAAGUAGAAGAAUAAAAUAUUCAUUAGUUGUCAUAAUUAGAAGCACAUUCUUCUGCACAGCAGUAACAUGGCCAGGAUCAAUUCACAACAUAUAUGCAUUAAGUUAUUACAUUUGAAAUGUGCAAUUUGAUUUGAAUUUCUGUAACCAUGUUUUGUGCUAUGAAGUAUUACCUAUGUAAUAUGUGAUCACAUUGAUCGGUUUUGUAUUUUUGUUUGUAUGAAGCCAACAGAAUGAUAAUUUCAUUGUCUCAUAUCAUAUCAUUUAUCGGUAGUGUAAUUGAAAAAAAUAAAUGUAUUUUUUUACUUCCAAUAAGUUAGCACUAUGUUUGUUUCUUACCUUUUGAAAGUAGAUUGUUUUUAAGAAGUAUCAGUAGUGGUUAGAGGUUUUGUUGUUUUCUAUACAAACAAGUGGUGUUUGUAUAAAAACAUAUUCGUAAAAUCAAAAAUUAUUAUGUUUUAUACACGCCUUUCAUUAUCAAUAAGUGUUUCAUCAUUUUGUGUAAGUAUCAAUUAACUGAUAUUGUACCUUCAUUUUCAUUUUCUUAUUUUAAGAUAGAAACAACUGAAUGGUCAUUUUAUAUAUUGUUUAACUGAAAGAGAGGUGUUAAUGUUGGUGUCAAAUCUGUUGUGGUUAAGUUUUACAUGUACAAUUAUUAUAGAACAAAUUAUAAUAACGCAUUAAUUAUUAUGGAAAAAAGUUGAAAUUACAUUUAUUUAAAGGAAUUUGAAGUGCCCCUAGAAAAGAAUCUCGGACAGAAAUCAAAAUAUAUUUAUUUAUUUUUUUAAAACAUAGCCAUAGAGGUUUAUUGUGUAGUAUUUUUUUAACUUCUAGUUAGGUUCCUGGCUCUAAGUCAAACAUGAAAAUGUCAUGGGUUACAUCUGUGUCGGUCUUUGUGUCAUGGCUCUAAGUCAAACAUAGAGAUGUCAUGGGUUACAUCUGUGUUGGUCUUUGUGACAUGGAUCCAAGUCAAACAAGGAGAUGUCAUGGGUUACAUCUGUGUCAAUCUUUGUGUCAUGGCUCUAAGUCAAACAAGGAGAUGUCAUGGGUUACAUCUGUGUCAGUCUUUGUGUCAUGGAUCCAAGUCAAACAUGGAGAUGUCAUUGGUUACAUCUGUGACUGUCUUUGUUUCAUGGAUCCAAGUCAAACAUGGAGAUGUCAUGGGUUACAUAUGUGUCUGUCUUUGUGUCAUGGAUCCAAGUCAAACAUAGAGAUGUCAUGGAUUACAUCUGUGUCGGUCUUUGUGUCAUGGCUCUAAGUCAAACAUGGAGAUGUCAUGGGUUACAUCUGUGUCAGUCUUUGUGUCAUGGCUCUAAGUCAAACUGGAGAUGUCAUGGCUAAAGUCACUGUAAGUCAGUUUUAUGUUUGUUACAGAUACUGCACAUAACUUUGUUUUGAAAGUAUAUAUAGCAUCAAAUUAGAUCCGUGUUUAACCAGUGUCUGUUGUGACCUUAAUUGUAAAAACCACAAAUUAAGUAUUUGGAGUUGUUUUUUAAUGCCUAGCUAAUAUCAAAUACCUCUGAUGUGCUGAAAUUUCAUGUUAAUACAUAUUUUGUUCUAUAGGA